GCGUGCACGCGCCAAGCCAGUGCGUACAUGUGUCGCAGAUUUUAAAACUCAGAAAGAGCUGGAGUAGCGGCAGACCUGAGGGUGCACCAAGAGUACCGGAGGGUUUAAACACUCCAAGAGUAAAAAAGAAAACACUCCAAGAGUGUGCGCAGAAUAGUUAAGUGAUAUUUCAUCACCUGAAGAGAAAUAACGGGAGAGAUUAGAAACUCUGUUUGCUGCACUGGAUGCUCUCAUGAACAUGGAGCUGUCAUCAAUAGGAGAGCAAGUGUUUGCUGUGGAGUCAAUCACGAAGAAGAGGAUAAGAAAGGGAAAUGUGGAAUAUCUGCUAAAGUGGCAAGGGUGGGCGCCUAAGUACAGCACUUGGGAACCAGAGGACAAUAUACUGGACCCUCGUCUUGUCCUCGCCUAUGAAGAAAAAGAGGAGAAGGACAGAGCUCUGGCUUAUAAGAGGAAGGGCUUGAGACCUCGUCGAGUUAUUCUGCGGAGCAUCUACCCAAUGGACCUACGAAGUAAACACAAGGUUCCAGAUAAACCUACCCCAAGAAUCCGCCUGUCACUCACCCGCUCCAUGGGGACGGAAAUAGACCAGAAUGGGCGGCGCUACCGUCCCAUAGAGAAAUACAAGAACAGGCAUUGCAGGUCCAAGCUCAUGAAUGACAUCAAACCAUCCCAGUAUUCACUUCCUGCAAAAGACUCAGAGAAAGAGUGGGAUGAAGACGAUGAAGAUGAGCAGGAGAACAAAGUGAAGAAGAUGAGGGAAAACGAAGAAAAAACAACAGAAGUGCACCAGGACAUUCCAAGUAGUCAAGAGACAACGGAGGGGUACAGCUCUUCGGCAGAAGAUGAAGCUGUAAUCACCAUCAAGGAAACUGAGAACUGCUCUUCCAUUUAUGACCAUGCUGAGAAGCCAAGCGAGGAUACAAGUCAAGUUUUAGGAGCAACAGAAAACAGUACAAUCACUAACACACAAGAGAACGAGCCAGUCACAAACACUACAGGGGGUGAGGACUCCGUACGGGUAUCACAUGACACAACAAACACUGACCAAUCACUACACGGCACCGAGUCAGGAGCCAAGCAAGUUGUGUUUGACCAAGUACAGAACAGACCUUCGGUUAUCGAGGUACAUUCGAGCACUAAACAUAGACAGGAAGAGGUAAGCGAAAGUGGUGAGGUAGACCAUUCAGAGGCCAAAGAAAAGGAAGGAAUGGAUGCUGAAAUUACAGCAGAACGCACAUUACUACAGGUCCCAAUUGACCAAUCAGAGACUCCCUCCACCACCACAGUGCAUCCUGGGAAAGUCACUGUGAUUCAGGUGACGAUAAAUUCCUUGACCGUCACCUUCAAAGAGGCCAUGAGUGCAGAAGGCUUUUUUAGUGGCGAUGGGCUUGAGGUGUAAGUUGACAAAGGAACCCAAGAGCAUACAAUAGAUUCAUGUACAUUUAGUCAAGACCAAGUGAAUAAUAGUUUGCAGUAGUGAAGCAGAU